CACCACUGUGCCAAUCCCCAAAACAGACGUUAUAGCUUGUGAAUUGGCCCUAUUGUCUAUAAUUCAGUGUUUAGGACACAAAUAUACAAGGCAAACCCCUCACCAUUUGAUAAUAUCACAGAGACGUCUGAAGCAUUUUGGUGUCGAGAGGGCUGGCCCCUGCUCCGGAGAAUCCUGGAAACGUUGAUGGGAUUACGAUGAUAGAUGGAGAGAAGGCAACCUAUGAGAGCAAGAACCGCAGGAACAAAGGUCGUCGUCUUGAUGUCGAAGGACAGGCACCGAGGAAGCGAAAGGGCAAGAAUGUCGAUAUGGUGGGUCGAGACAUUCGGGAUCAGAAAGAUUGGUUCAUUGUUGAGUCCAUGCCGGUUUGGGAUGAACUCUCCACGAAGUUUCUGCAUGAAACUAGCGUAGUUCUGUUCAAAGAGCUACAUCUACUGGCAAGUGGUCGAACCCAAGAUAUCAAGCUGGAGAACUUUGUUGAGAGUGCACGUUUCUUUGCAGUAUACUCAGGAGGUCCAGGGUUCAAGACGUUCCAACUUCGACCAACAAAGAAGAGCCCAUACAUCUUUCUGCACCAAGCUCAUAGGUCUCAUAUCUUGCCAUCCGCCCCACAGCAAUGGACCCGGCAAAUCCAAGGAAUCGCGCACUUGCUGCGUGUUAGGGCUGCUAUGGCAGGAACGAUCCAGCACUAUCAGCGUUGUUUGACAACUAUGGAUGAGGACGGCUCUGCUGAUGAGAGUGACAUGGAUGAUCCAAGGUGGUUGUACCAAGAUCCAGAAAGCCCUAGUGAGGAUCAAACCCUCGGAAGCUCCCCUCUUGCAAAUCUGUUGUGAAGAUGUUUUUUUUAAUAAGAAUAUUAUCAUCUACGUACCUUCGAAGGCCAUCAAUAAUAAAUAGCUUUUUUUUAUUUAACAAGUCAAUAAAGAGCUAUCUUAUU